UUAAUAAAAUUAAAAUUAGGAGAAGAACAGGAGGAGGUGGAAUUUUUAAUAGACACAGGAGCCACCUAUUCGGUUUUGAACCAGGCUUUAAUGCCUUUGGGAAAUGAUUAUGUUUCAGUAAAAGGUGCAACUGGCCAAACUGAAAAGGCUUAUUUUUGUAAACCUUUAAAAUAUAAGUUGGGAAAACAGAUGGGGAUCCAUAAAUUCCUAUUUAUGCCAAAUUCCCCAAAGGCCCUUCUUGGUAGAGACUUAUUAGAACAAUUGGAGGCAACAAUCAAAUUUAAAAAAGGGGAAGUUACUCUGGAGGUAAAUAAUCAUCAAUACAUACAGGUUAUGAGCCUAUCUCUGGCCAAUACUCCUAUAAAAAGGGAAAUUGAUACCAGGAUUAUUGAUCAGGUAUAUCCCGGAGUAUGGGCAAUUGACAUACCGGGACGUGCCAAGAAUGCAUCACCUGUAAUAGUAAAAUUGAAGGAUGGACAGAGUGCGGUAAGAAUUAAACAAUACCCACUGAAAAGGGAAGAUAGGGAAGGAAUUCGUCCAAACAUAGAGCGAUUCAUAGAACUAAAACUACUAAAAGAAUGUGAGUCAGAAUUUAACACACCUAUCCUCCCAGUUAAAAAACCUGAUGGGUCUUAUAGGAUAGUUCAAGAUUUAAGGGCCAUUAACAAAAUAACAGAGGAUCUGUAUCCUGUAGUAGCUAACCCCUAUACCUUACUUACCACCCUGACACCUGACCUAGCUUGGUUCACAGUUUUAGACUUAAAAGAUGCCUUCUUUUGCCUCCCUCUCCAUGAAGCCAGCCAAAGAAUUUUUGCUUUUGAAUGGGAAAAUCCCAGAAGCGGUCGAAGGACCCAGCUCACAUGGAUGGUGUUGCCACAGGGGUUUAAAAAUAGCCCCACAAUUUUUGGAAACCAAUUAGCAAAGGAUUUGGAGUUAUGGGAACCACCGUCAGAAGAAGGGAAAGUGUUACAAUAUGUAGACGAUCUUCUUAUUGCAACCAGAACCAAAGAAUCUUGUAUUAUUUGGACUGUGAGUCUGCUGAACUUUCUGGGACUACAGGGAUAUCGAGUUUCUAAGAAGAAGGCACAGGUGGUGUUACAACAGGUCACAUACCUGGGGUAUGAGAUCAGUGCCGGACAACGGGUCCUGGGGAAGGCCCGAAAAGAAGCCAUAUGCCAAGCCCCCCGACCACGAACUGUAAAGGAACUGCAGACAUUUCUGGGAAUGACAGGAUGGUGCCGGCUUUGGAUAUGCAAUUAUGGCUUGCUUGUUAAACCAUUAUAUUCCCUGAUAGCAGCUAAUCAGAAGGAUCUACAGUGGGAUGCUGAAUCAGACAGAGCUUUCCAUGAACUGAAGAAAGCCUUGAUGUCGGCACCAGCACUAGGACUUCCUGAUGUGAGUAAGCCAUUUUUCCUAUUUUCCCAUGAGAAACAGGGAAUGGCAUUAGGAAUACUGGCACAAGAUUUGGGACCAUACAGACGGGCAGUGGCAUACUUCUCUAAACAGCUGGAUGCCACUGCAAAAGGGUGGCCUGGUUGCCUGAGAGCAGUAGCAGCCGUCAUCCUAAACAUCCAAGAGGCCCGGAAGUUUACCCUGGGCCAGAAAAUGACUGUCUUAGUAUCCCACACAGUGUCUGCAGUCCUUGAAACAAAAGGGGGGCAUUGGCUCUCCCCACAGAGAUUCCUAAAAUACCAGGCCAUAAUGGUGGAACAAGAUGAUGUUGAGAUCGUGACUACAAACAUCGUCAAUCCAGCCUCAUUUCUUAAUGGGAAUAUUGGAGAAUCAGUCGAUCAUGACUGUCUAGAAACAAUCGAAGCCACUUAUUCUAGUCGGACAGAUCUCAAGGAUGUUCCUAUUAAUGGAGCUGAACAUUGGUUCACGGAUGGGAGCAGCUAUAUGCUGAAUGGAAAGCGACAUUCCGGAUAUGCUGUUACAACCUCUGAAGAAGUGAUAGAAUCGGGGCCGCUACCAGCUGACACUUCGGCACAGAAGGCUGAAAUCAUAGCCCUUACUCGAGCUCUGGAAAGAGCUCGGGGAAAACCUAUAAAUAUUUGGACUGAUUCUAAAUAUGCCUUUGGAGUGGUACAUGCUCAUGGAACUAAUCCUAAGAUUACCAAGGGGCCAAAGUUGGGAAAAAUUGGGAGAGGAAAUGUUCCUGGGCAACAUUGGCAGAUCGAUUUCUCGGAACUUCCUAGAAAAGGGGGGUAUCGAUAUUUAUUGGUACUAACAGAUACCUUUUCAGGUUGGCCAGAAGCCUUCCCGUGCAGAACUGCUAAAGCCCGGGAAGUGACCAAAAUACUACUCCAAGAGAUAAUACCUAGGUUUGGAGUCCCAGCGGUAAUGUCCUCGGAUAGAGGACCACAUUUUGUGUCCAGAAUAGUGCAACAGAUUAGCCACCAUCUAGGAAUAGAUUGGCAAUUACAUACCUCAUACCGACCACAAUCGAGUGGCCAGGUGGAAAAGAUGAAUCAUCUAAUCAAACAACAGAUUGUCAAGUUAGGCCAAGAAACAAAUCUAACUUGGCCCCAGUCUUUGCCAUUAGCUCUUACACGAAUUCGAACUAGACCGAGAGCAAAAGAGGGGCUUAGCCCAUUCGAAAUUUUAUAUGGACGACCCUAUGGGGUACAAAAGGGGAUGUCUUCACAGAUUGGUGAAGAAACAAUGACUUCCUAUAUGGUGGCACUAAACAAACAAUUAAUAAGAAUUGAGAAGCAUGUGAUGGGAACACGCAGUAGGGGUCUGGAUGGACCUGUUCACGAUAUACAACCAGGAGACUAUGUAUACGUUAAGUGUUUUGCAGAUAAAACCCUGGAACCACAGUGGACCGGACCUUUUCAAGUCCUACUCACCACCUACACUGCAAUCAAGGUUGAGGGACAGAAUUCUUGGAUUCACCAUACCCGGAUUAAGAAAGCCCCUGCAACUUCUUGGAAAGUAACCCCAGAUAAAAAAGAACUGAAACUCAAAUUUACUCGGACAAAUGGGAACAAUGUGGGUGGCAAGUAAGUGAACCUGAGCAGUUGCGGAUCCACCAUAUGGGAAGGGCACCACAACAAACAAUAUAGAACAAGAGUCGGGGACUGAGCCAGUGGCCAGGCUCGCCCAACUUGUUAUUAGUAAGCCCCAACUCAAACAAAGAUAUUUUUGAUCAAAACAGAUUUUAACGUUUAGAUUCUUAAAAUGAUCAAUAGUGGGUUUAAACCAUUUGUGUUUUUUUGUACCCUCUCUCUUGCCUACAACCAAGAGCCUGAUAAUUGGCCUUGGAAUCAUGCUCAGAAAAAACACACUGGAAUAAUGGGAAAGGUGGACUCAAAGACGAAACUAGCUAUGGUGGUUUUUUCUGAAAAUGACGUGUACCAAAGGAAUCAAUGGGAUCGGGAGGAUGUACACAAAGUCGACCGAUUAUGGGGAAAAUUAGCAGAUAGGAUAAAAGUAGGGUGUCAAACAUAUAAUGAAAAGGAUAACACCAAGAUUUCAGGAGACACCCUGAUUAAUGUCAGAAAGGUAGAUAAGGAAUUUACCCUUCUAAAUACAACCGUGUGCUUUAAUUCACGGGAAUGUUGGCACAAUUUUACCUUAACCGAGCCCAUCUUUAUAAUAUGCCUAGGAAAGGAAUCCCCAAGAACAGCUCUGACUUAUAAGAUCAAAAUAACAAUCAUGCUAACCACUGUUCCUACCACCACCACAGUUACAA